AUGACACCCUCUGCUGAAGUUCAGUGUCAUUUAAUGGCCUUUUUGAAACAUUCAGCACUGGUUUCUCUCUUCCACCACUGUCAUUUACCACAACCACCUACCCAUCCAGCCCCUUUGGUAGCUGCUAAUAAGCCCCUGGUACACCAGCUCCCCAUUCUGGGUCAUCGUCCGGGUCCACCGAAAUGUGAAAAGGCGUGUAAACCUCUGCGAGCAUCAAUGACUGAGUCAGUGAGCCAGCCGCAGGACUGCGAUGCCUGUAUAAGAACGACUUGCUUACAUAGAUCUUUGCCCGGCAGGUGUCAGGACUGGCGCAGUGCUCCUGGUCCUGGUGGCAUUGCAGUUGCUAUAGGAGGCACGACUAGCGAUGAAAGCAGCGGCGACUCAUUCGUGACUAAAGGGGUAUUAGGACAAAGUACGACAUGUUCCAUUGCGUCCACGUCAUCGUUGGGAUGUCUGUCGGAUCGAAGCUCAUCAAUUCCAUCACCACGACACUUUCAGACACCUCCACCGGAAUAUAGCAGGAGACAUCGGCCAUAUCCUUCUGUAAGCAGUGCACGUCAUAGCAGAGCCGCUCACAAUGAACUGGAAAAGACACGUCGUGCUAAUCUUCGUGGAUAUUUGGAUAACUUGAAGGAUAUCGUUCCUUCUAGUUCCGACAAUGCUCGCAACACAACUCUCUCCUUACUAACUCGUGCUAGAGAUUAUAUUUUG